CCGGGCAUUAUGGCAGCGGCGGCACUUGCCCUGCUGUUUUGUCUGUGUCUGCUGCCACUGCUCUGGUGGGCCUCAGGCUGGUGGCUGCAGCGUUGCCUUGGGGCGAGGGGGCGAGACAGCCGGACCCCUUUAUGCGACCGACCCGGAGCGGCUCGGCGCGACAGUGACGCCCUCCGGGUUCUGUUCGUGACGGCGCACCCUGAUGACGAAGCGAUGUUCUUCGCUCCCUCCAUCCUCAGCCUGCCUUUCGCCCGCCUCUGGCUGCUUUGCUGCUCCACAGGACAUUACUACGGUCAGGGGGAUCUUCGUAAAAAGGAACUCCUGCAAAGUUGUGAGGUUCUGGGGAUCCCUCCUAGCAACGUGGCCAUCGUGGACCACAGGGAUCUUCCAGACCAUCCGUCUGUGGAAUGGGACCUGCACCUGCUCGCUGCCCUGAUCAUGAAGCAUCUUGAAAGCAACCGCAUCAACCUGGUGGUGACCUUCGAUGCGGAAGGCGUGAGCGGCCACACUAACCACAAGUCCAUCUACACCGCCAUCAGGUACCUGCAUUCGGAAAAGCAACUUCCAGAAGGUUGCCGGGUCCUCACCCUGGAGACGGUCAGCCUCUUCCGGAAGUACCUCUCCCUCUUCGACGUCCCCAUCAGCUGCCUCCAGGACCAGGAUGUCCUGUUUGUGCUGGCGAAAGAGGACGCCGCGUUGGCCCAGAAAGCCAUGCGUUGCCACCGCAGCCAACUGCUCUGGUUCCGCCACCUCUACAUCCGCUUCUCCCGCUACAUGGUGGUGAAUUCCCUUCGCUUCCUCUGAUGAGAAGAAGCCUCCUUCCAGACUUCAGGGGUUGGGGACCAAGAGAACAGCGGCUUCUGGGGCAGAGCGGCCUGGUUGAGUCCAAAGCUCUUGCUGGGUCCCGGAAUGGAAGAGACCGAGGAGAGGUUGGUGGAGGAGCCCCCAGGUGACAACAGGAUUCAACCAUUGACAUUAUGGCUGGGAUGAGGGGAGACCCAGCAGCCAUCCCCGAAAAACACGAGUGAGAAGCAAACUUACCAGGUGGCGUAUACUGGACCAGAAACGGACAAGGGAGGAGAUGCCCCCAAACGAUCACACCCGGACAUUGUGCAAAAAUGUCUCUAGAACGCAUACGCUUUUUGUAAGAGUGAAUGGCAACUUGAAACCAUGGCCAAGGCCUUUAAAAGGGGAGGGACAUAUAUUUAUCACACUGAAAUUGACAGAGGGUUAAUUUUGCUUUGCUUUUCGGCCAAAGAUGUAUUUAAAAUCUCUGGAAAUGUACACAGUAGAUCUGGAAAACCUGCACUUUAAAUGUUGAUUCACUGGUGACUUUGGGGCUGUCAUCUUUUCUCAGCCUAACCUACCUCACAGGGUUGCUGUGAGCAUAGAAGGGGGAGUCCUUGUGUACAGCACCCUGAGCCUUUUGAGGGGAAGCAUGGGCUACAAAUGUGAGAAAUAAAUAAAUGCUACUUGUAUGCGAAA